AUGGAUUUAAUAUGCAGUUAUUUAUUGUGCAAUGAAUGUGAAGUAGAACCAAGAGAAAGUUUAAUUAUAAAGUUACUUGAAAUUGCUGGUUCUAAAGAUAAUGAGGCUAAUAGUCAAGCUUACAAAUCAUUCUCAGAAAAGAUUGAAGGAAAAGAUAUUUCUGAAUUAAUAAAGGAAGGUUCUGAAAUUGCUGCAUCACUUAAUAAAAGUAAUACAUCAACAGCUGCUCCAGUAGAAAAAGAAGCAAUAUCUUCUGAAGAAGAAUCAGAAACUGAAUCAAGUGAAGGAAUUGAUAUGGAAGAUUUCUUUUAA